AUGUCCCAAAACCUAAAAGACCCCUGGACGGGGCAGCCCUGGUCGACAAUCGCUCACCUCUACCCCAAAACGUUCGUUCACCCCCUCGGCGGCCCAAAGGACGGCAUCGACCGCGAGCAUUGGGUGGACUUCACCAGCACGAUGGUCAAGAAGCUUCUGGAGUCCAAGGAUGAGCUGGGCGAAGGCUUCGGCUCCAAUGGGCCAGCAGUUGCUUGGCGCCUGACUAAGGAGUUUGACCAUAUCAUACGGUUCUUAGUCUCAGAGGCCCCCAAGUCGGUCAACCCACCCUUCGGACCUUCCAACACAGAACUCCGUCCCAAGCACCAUUAUGCCGGCCUCCGCAAGAUGUGGGCUCUGGUAUUCAGGUUCUGGCAUGUCCUUGCUUGCCUCAAGGUUUUCGUACCAGGAUGGGGAGCCAGUGCCGCGGGCAUCAUCGACGCACUCACGAACUUCUACGGUAACCCCGACUACUACGAACAGCCGGAAGAGUCCUGUGGCUCGCUGUUCCCUCCGCCGAUCGUGGACGACGAUGAGAACGACGACGAGAACACCAACUCUGCGCCUGCCGACUCUGGGCCGGCCGGCGCUGAGCCUGCCGACGAUGGCGGUGGACCCAACCAUGGCGACACUGCCCCCAAGUCUCCUCCCGGUAGCCCUCGCAGCCCCCUUGGGGACCUUACCAAAGACUACAGCCCCCCGGAGCCUCCCCCCUAUUCGCCAUCGAUGCUCCCGACAAUUCUCGAUGAGGUCUCUCCGCUUCCACCGAGCGCCGCCCCCGACGACCACAUUCCUGAGCGUGGGAUUCCCAACCAAAGCCAGAGCAGCAGUCGCGUCUUACCUUGUCAAAGCAACAACUUCAUCCCCCUUGGUACUCGCUCCCCGACUUCAAGCGUCAACUGGCCCCACCCAGCCAAGCCAAAGUCCAACUACGGAGGCGGUUGGAUGCCGAACAACAGCGUCGGUGGGUCAAUCUCGCCCAUGCGUGAUGGCCCUCCGCUUGGGCGCGCGCACAGCCAGCGUGAAGGUGGCAACCAGAGCCUGCGUGGUCAGGGUGGCUCCAUUGCGCCAUUCGGCUUCAGCAGACAGAAUGGAACCCCACUGGGUAACCGUGGGGGAUUUCAGCGUGGUUCGAGACAAAUCAACCGCGCCUGGCGGGCCCCGAGCAGCUCAACGAGUGGUCACGGUCAGCGUGGAGCCUCGUCGCACCCCCGCCGUGGCCACUUCAAGCGUUUCUUCAUUCCUAUUCCUGCUUCCGCAUCUUCCCAGGAAAGGGAGGAGAUUAUCAGGGCGAAUGCAAAGCGCGCAGAAGAGUACGACCGACAGGCAGCGCAGUUCCCCAACGGGUGGCACCCGAAGUAG